AUGGAUAGUAUCAUCGCUCAAUUGUUUUAUUUCGAGCGGUAUUCAGUUCUUUGUUAUUUCUGUGCUGAAUGUAUGUAUUACAUAACAUUGGACUCUCGGAAUACGGUCUUUCCGCCGUAACCGUCUUUCAGCCUGCCCUUUAUUUGGGGCAGAUUUCAUUUGGGGCUUUUCAUGUGGGGCAAAUCGGGUAUCGGCCCAAUAUUUAUAGCCAACAUUGCAAAUUUUGUUAACUAACUAGCCAAGGUCAGCAUGACAAAAGAAAACUUUUCAUUUGGCUAGCCAAUAUGUCAGAAUGGCUGUCAAAGGAGUUCUUGCUCGUUACUAUUACCUGUGAAUACAUUUUAAAAGUUUGGCUGUCCAAUCGAACUUUUUGGUCAUUCAUUUAUGGGCUUCGGUUACCACUCCUACUCUUUGAUGCCAAUAAACCUGUUGGCUAGCUUUUUUCAAGGCUUCAUAGACAUUCUGAAACGUUGGCUAGCCAAUAUAGCCAAACGGAUUUUUUGUUGGCUCUCAUGCCAACUUUGAUUAGCUAGUCAAACAAUUUUGAAUAUUGGCUAUAAAUACGAUUCCCGAUCUGCCCCAAAUGCAAUCUGCCCUCGAAUGAAGAGCUCCAGUUGAAAGGUUGCGGUUUUUCAGACGCUACUUGUCCAGUCCAUCCAACCAGACAACUGUAUUUGGAGGAAGAGACUUGCGAUGUUUUGGCCAGACCUUCUCAGAUCGCUCAUCGAUCCCUUUUCCAAUAUAAAUCGUCGGAAGUUGAUGGAGAAUUGAAGAGAGUUACAAGAACUAUGACCAAGGAGGUCGUAGAGGAGCAUUUGACCGAGAGUAAUUGCGAUCUGGAGAAACAAGAGAAGAUCCCGGAAAAUGUGAUCAAAAAGGAGAUCAGUAGUAAAGAAAAGAAGGACGUUACUGCCUUCCACAAUGCCAUAAGGGUAAGAAUGUAACCCUAUCUCUGAUUCUCUCAGGUGUUCUACGUUGCAAAGAAGAGUGCGGCUCCCCAGAUCAAAGUGAAGGAUCUUAGAAAUCGGAAGAAAAAUCAGAGAUUCCGAAUGAAAAAGUACAUUUGUAAGUGUAAUUUCGGCGUACACUUAAUACAUUUUGAGGUGAUAUCUGUGAGAAUGCUUUUACGUUGAAGCAAAAUGUCCAAACUCAUAUUUUCGCUUACCACCUGGGCAAUCAUAAGAUCCGAAAAGGCUGUAAAAGAUUCCAAUGCACGAUUUGUGAUGCCGUGAGUGAUUUAUAUUCUUAUUAUUACUGUCUGAAAUUUUAUUUGAGACAUUCAAAAAACUGCCGUUGGCGAAGAAACAUUACAUCUGUGUGCACAAAGGCGAAACUUCGAUGAAAAAAAUCAACGAUUGCCCGCAUUGUGGAAAGGUUUAUCCGACUGGAAGUCUGCUCAGGGAACACAUUACGACCAAACAUUUGUACGUUGCUUUGUAAACCAUCCGUUUUAGUCCAACAUUAAUUUUCCUGUAUAAUACAGGGUGGGCCCCCCGAAGCUGACAACUUCUUUCAUUCGAUUUCUUCGCGGAGACUGCCUUUUUUCCUAAAAUUUAGAUUUUUCUGGGGCUGAGACCCGCUCAGAUUGAAAUAUUAAUAAUCAGAUUGUUAAAUAAAAUUGUUUUUUACCGCGUCCCGACAUUUCGGGUCAGGGACAGCUCGGGUCGCGACACUUCGGGUCAACGAUACCGUUUAAUAUUUUCGCUUCGGGACUGGGAAAAAAGAAUUUUUUGGUGAAUUUGAACAAAUUUUUGAAAUGUUUUCGCUUCGGGACUUGGGAAAAGGAAUUCUAGCGAUUUACUUGUUAUUUGCAUACAAUCAUUACGACUAUGUUCUUACUCCACUCUCUGGCACUGUCUAUGUUUAAAUUCCGUGCUUCCAGUUAAAAACAUGAACAAUGGAUACGAUUUUCUUAUUUGCUCGUGGCUUAUAAACACUAUUUUUCUAAACAAAAAUGAAAAAAUAGACCUCGUUCUCCAAAAAAUCCUUUUUCCCAGUCCCGACGCGAAGACGUUUCAAAAUUUUGUUCAAAUUCUCCAAAAUUCCUUUUUCCCAAGUCCCGAAGCGAAAAUAUUAAACGGUGUCGUCGACCCGAAAUGUCGUUGACCCGACCUGUCGCGACCCGAGUUGUCCCUGACCCGAAAUGUCGUAGCGCCUUUUUUACAACAGUAUUUUAAAAUUAUUUGAGGUACUAGUCGCGGCAAAAAGUCCUUAGAAUUUUCUGCGACUCCGCACUGUGCAUGAACCCGAAAAGUGCUUUUGCACAGUGCAAUUUUCUUGUUUUUGCCUUAUUGUCGCGCGCGAUUCCCGCGACAAAUCAACAUUUCGGGGUGCGAUGAGAUUUGGGGGCCGCGAAAAAUUCUAAGGACUUUUUGCCGCGACUAGUAAAACAAGGAAGGUUUUAACCAAAACUCAAAAGGUGACCAAGUUUUCAAAAUCAUUCCAAAUUAGCGGUUUCGGGUCGAAAAUAAUUUUUCAAAACUUUGUGAAGACAUGGAAAGGUCAAUUCAAAAUAUAUUUUUUUUGAUUUCAAUCCAUUGAAAAUGGCAGGUCUCAGCUUCAGAAAAAUCUAAAUUUUAAUAAAAUCGGCGGAGUCUCCGCGGAGAAGUCGUAAGAAAGAAGUUUUCAGCUUCAUGUGGCCCUCCCUGUGUAAUUGAUAUUUUAGGAAUGAAAAACCGUUUGAUUGUGAGAAAUGUGGUGCCAAGUUUGGUCGAAAAGGAGGAUUGAGAAGACAUGUGAUGAUGGUACAUGAAAAUUACACUUACAAUUGCCCAUACGAGGACUGUAAUCAUCCCGGAUAUAAGUGUUCCAAGGCUUUGGCGGCGCACAUUCGCUCAGUCCAUACGAAAGAACAACCGUAAGUUGAUGGCUUUUAUUACGAUCAUGUAGGUGACGUAUGUAUGCAUGCAGUUGAGGUUUAAGAUACGAAAACAGUUAUAUUAUUCAUCCGUAGCAAUCAAAAUCCUGUUUAUUUAUUAUGAUUCCGUGUUUCAGAUAUGUAUGCAGCAUCUGUAAGCGGGGAUUUGUCCGUCAGAACGACUUGAAGGUCCACGAAGCAACUCAUGGCCUCGGGGGAUUUUCCUGUGAAUAUUGUACCAGGACUUUCAGUCGCCGAAAAGACGUCCAAAGACACAUGGAACGGGCACAUUAA